AUGGCGCCGGAGGGUCAUCUUGGUGGCCACCGCCGGCUGUUGGGAACGGCCCCGGCGCCGGCGAGCGACGGGGCGUCGCACGGCUCGGGCUCCAGUCCUGACGCGAUGCGGAUCAUGGUGGGCGUGCUGGUGACGGUCAUCAUCUGCACGCUGCUCUACUGUGUCUACUGCUGGCGGUGGCGGAAGCGCAAUGCCAUCCGGAGAUCUCUGCUGGACAGCCUAUGGCCGCGGUCGAGCUCGGACCUGCCGCUUAUGGACCUCGCCUCCAUCCUCGCCGCCACCGACAACUUCUCCAAGGCCAACAAGCUUGGCGAGGGCGGCUUCGGCCCCGUCUACAGAGGCGUGCUGAGCGGCGGCUCGGAGAUCGCCGUGAAGCGUCUGUCGGCGCGGUCGCGGCAGGGCGCGGCAGAGUUCCGGAACGAGGUGGAGCUGAUCGCCAAGCUGCAGCACCGCAACCUGGUGCGGCUGCUGGGCUGGUGCGCCGAGCGCGACGAGAAGCUGCUGGUGUACGAGUACCUCCCCAACCGCAGCCUCGACGCCUUCCUCUUCGAUCGGAGCAAGAGCGCGCAGCUUGGGUGGAGCACCCGGCACAACGUCAUCCUGGGCAUCGCCCGCGGCCUGCUGUACCUCCACGAGGACUCGCUGCUCAAGGUGGUCCACCGGGACCUCAAGGCCAGCAACGUGCUCCUCGACCACAAGAUGAGCCCCAAGAUCUCCGACUUCGGCAUGGCCAAGAUCUUCGAGGAGGACACCGACGGGAUCAACACGGGCCGCGUCGUCGGCACCUACGGGUACAUGGCGCCGGAGUUCGCGUUGGAGGGCGUCUUCUCGGUGAAGUCCGACGUGUUCAGCUUCGGAGUCCUCCUGCUGGAGAUCCUGAGCGGGCAGCGGAACGGCGCCUUGUACCUCGAGGAGCACCAGCAGUCCCUCAUCCAAGAUGCAUGGAAGCUGUGGAGUGAAGAUCGCGCCGGCGAGUUCAUGGACCCGUCGCUGGGGCGGUCCUACUCCAAGGACGAGGCGUGGCGGUGCUACCACGUCGGCCUGCUCUGCGUGCAGGAGAACCCCGACGUCCGGCCGACCAUGUCCAACGUCCUGCUCAUGCUCAUCAGCGACCACAUGAAGCUCCCUGAACCAGCCAUGCCGCCCUUGUUCACGCGGCUCAGGAACAUCUCCUUGUUGGCGCCGCCACUCACGACGAAAACCGAGUCCACGACGUCUCUGCAGUCCAUCAACGAGGUCUCCAUCACAAUGAUCGAACCGCGCUGA